AUGCUCGGAGCAAACGAAGAACACCAGAUGAGCGAGGAAUAUGUCGUUGAAGAAACACUAGAAGAACUUCCACUUGAAAAUCAGACCGACUUUCUCGAUGAGGAGCCGGAAACCUCGAGCGAUUUUGGGGGUAUGGAUUCGGCAAUGUACAGUGCUAUCGUCGAGUUCAAGAAAUACGGCACCUACCCAACAUUCGCUCGUUCUAUGGAUACAAGAAGUUUGAGAAUUGCCAAUUGUCAUUGGAGAACAAAAUGCGCUCGUUUCAUGCUCUCCGAGUCCGACAACGAAACGUUACUAUAUUACAACCAAAAUAAUACUUCAGAUGAACCCAAAAUCGUGGUGAAAAAAGGUGAAGUGAAAAGAAUAAUCGAAAGAAUUCACGAACUGAUUGGUCAUCUUGGAAUGAAGAGAACCCAAUAUUCUGUGAUGCGCAAAUUAUACUGGCGAUCCGUCCGGCAGGAUGUUCGAAAUAUCGUCAAUUCCUGCGAAUUUUGCGUAAAUAAAAAGGUCGAAGGAAAGAAGAUUAUGAAGGCUCCUGUCGAUAUUAUGGGCGAUGAAUUCGAUUUAAGUAUUAUUAUUCGGAGUAUGGAGGAUAUUAUGCAGCAUGGAGGUGAUAGGCUGAUUUUCUCGCUAAAGGGUAUUGAUGAGCAUGAGGUGCGAAUGGCCGCGCAACAAAGGAUGACCACUUACACAUUUAAAGAAACAGCAACGGAUCGACCUGCUCGUUUACAGCAUACGUCAUUUCGUCGACAACCAUAUAUGAAGCGAUCUCGAUUUUCGUCAGCUUCAACUACAGGCUUCCUCCUGCCUUUCAAUGGUCCCGGCGAAUACUCAAAGAAGCAAAACAACUUCAUCGAAGUCUUUCACCACGACAUUCUACCCGCCAAUGACUUUGAAAACCUUGGUCCGCAAGAAGUGGGUAGCGGAGAAUUGAUAGAAGAAGUGAUUGAAGAGGUCAUCGAUGAUUCAGAUUUUGCGCAUGACCGGGAGCAAUGGAACGUUCCGGGGCCGAGUACAGCUCAGAAGCGCGUUGCUAAACGCGAUGCUAGAGAGUUGGCAAGGACGUCGGAGACCUCCGAGGCGAUUGAAACAGAAUAUUUGACGAUUGAUGUCUCUAACAAAUCACCAAGCCCUCCAAGAGUGCCGCCUGUUCAUAGAAAUAAAUUUGGAACCCACUUUGGCGGUGCUGGUGGCAGAUUUUGUGGAUCUCUUUCAGCACCGGAUAAACUUAUCUUUGAUGCAGGACAGCUGGUGAACAGUUAUGAGGAAGUGGCACAACGACCAGAAAUGUGCCCCCUGGCCCCGAUUAUGUUUCUUCCGAGCACCGAUGCUGAUGUGGUGAUGAUGCAGAAAGAACUACUGGAGCGACAGCGAAAAAUCCAAGUCCUCCAACAGGAACUUCUUCAAGCCCAAAUCGACAACCUCCACCGAAUAGAAAAUCCACAAGAUCGCUACGAAGAAGAACCGGCUCACGAUAGCAGC